CUUUCUAACCAACUCUAAGGCACGUAACCCGACACAAUAGCAGGGCCAACCCAGCAGCACCACUCGCCUUUGCUGCGUCUACUUAGAAUGUACCGACUCCCCGUUUCCUUACUCUCCGUAUCCAGUUUCUUUGCACAGUAUAUGAGAAGCCUGAAAGCAGGCCCUCUGGGUCAUAUUUCUUCUUCAUGCCAUUCUUGCAUCUUGACAUGUUCGCUCCAUCAUCAGAGGAUCUGUAAGAUCAAAGUCAAGGGUCCAGACUUCGAGAUCCUGUGCGACCACACACGCACUUUCCAUCCCACUUACUCAAAUAUUACCGCUGACCGUCUGACGGGCCUGCUCCCCUCACUCCCGCGAGUCGGUGCCGAGUCCGCGGUCGGCCCAGCCUCACCAGCCUGAGUUGGCCCGUUAUCCUCCCCGUGUUAGUCGUCUACACACCAACGACAAACCCGCACGGAUAUCGCGCCACAGAUU